ACUGUUACCAAUUCAGGGUAAGAAGAUUCCAAGAACCCUAAGCACUCCACCAUCCCCACCCACUGCCUGGGGCUCAGCUCUACCUUGAGUGACACCAGGGGUGAGCAGCAAGCCUCUUUAUGCCCCACCAGGCCAGAAGUCUGGUGAGCCAGCUGGACCCUGUAGAUAGGGAAGGUUCCCAUUUAUGGAAUACUCCCAGAGCACAGAUCAGAAGCAGAAUGUCCCUAGGGGAACAUAGCCACAACUCCUGGUCUCUACCCUCCACCCCCACCAAGCACUUACAGUCUGUCCUAGGCAAGACAGAUGAACUCUCAGCCAGGAUGAUUCAAAGCAGGCAAAGAUAAAUCGAGAGGAAAGUCACAAACAUUCAGGGUGUGAAGAUGCUGGCAUCACUUUGAUCAAAUCCAAAAGGUCUUCCUAGAAGAGGGUCCAAACAAGUCUGAAGAAUGUUGUCAGUAGUUGGAAUAGAGUUGUGGAUGCUAGAGAGGGUGAAUAUCCCAGGAUAAGUAGAGUAAGCAGAUGUGAGGCUCAGGCUAGUGGCUGGACCCCCAGCCCUCCUGAGAAAAGGGGCAGGAGUGUCAGCAGUGGCCAGAGUUGCAGAACUGGAGAGGAUGAUGGGAUGAUGGAGGGGGGAAUAAUCUGUGAGAUAUGUUGGAGUUCAGCUUCUGGUAAGCGAAGUGACAAACCAUCCCAGUGUUUGAAAUGAAAACUGGGACAAAGGAUACAGACAGAGUCUAUGGGGGUGGACAUGGUGCCCCCAAGAGUGGAGGUGAGGCAUUUGUUAACAGAAGCAGUCCCUGGAGAAGCAGACUCCCCUCAGGCUCGCCCUCACCCUUCCUAGCAGGCAUGGUCUCUCCUCACCCUCUGGUGGAGGGGCCCUGCAGCCUGUCAGCAUCCUCACACCAGCACCAGCUGCCUGUUCCUCCUCCCUGUGAGCAAGAGCCUAGGGAAGUGGCAGAGAGUGAAUGUGGUACAGACCUGGGUUCAUGGGAUCUUGACCUGGGAAAGAGCCAGAAUCUGUUCACUCCAGACACUCUCCAGAGAUUGGGGAAGGGCGUUCAGAGAUUCCCAUCCUUGCUUACUCUUCCCCCGGUGAGCCUCCCCCAAGUGUCAACAGUCCUUAUGUUUCCCUGGUGUCAGGCCCAGGGAAGCAGGGAAUGCUGAUUUCCAUCCCCAUCACCUGAUCUGUGCCUCUCCCUUGCUCCUUUCUGCUUCAUGGCCUCCCCAAAAACCUUCAGCAAUAGCUUCAUCCCUUGUACUGCUCCAGACCUUUUACCUCCUGGUGAUAUUUGUAACUUGAAUGUGGACAAAGAUUGAAGGUAAAAGAAGGCUCCUCCUGGUGGAAUGCUUCAGAAAGCCAGAGGGAGGACCCAAGGGUACCCUGGGAAGGGCUUUGACUGGAUUCCUGAGCCUGAGAGAAGUUUCUCUAGGUGCUGGGUAUAAUAUGCUCUGGGAGGUGCAAGGGGUAACACCACUUUUGUCAGCCACAGUGAAGUCCCAGGUUGGUGAGGAGAGAGGAUUAGCCUUGUACAGGCAGCAUGGGGAAACUAAUAAGAGAGUUCCACGCAGGAGAGGUGGGGCACUGGGGGGCAGUCAGUCAAGUUUUAUUUGCACCAAGGCCUAAAGAGAAAUGAGACCACCCUCACAUCCUGUCAGGACAGAGACCCUGUCAUCCAAAGUGCCCAAUAUCGGGGUGGGGGGAGUUCAUGCCAAAGGCUCUGGCUAUGGAGGAGGAAGGUGUUCUCAGCAUGAGAUGGAGAUCAGCCUGGGAAUCUGAGGUAAGAGCACAGACCAGAAUUCAGUCCUUAAGAAUUGACCUGAACCAAGCUCCAGACCCUGCUGGAAGGGGAGGGACCCCUGGCCACACUGCCUGGGGUGGUGGGAACACCAGAUAGUUGGGUAACCUGCCUACUGCCAGAUCCUUUUUCAUGCCUAAUGGCGACCCUCAUAACAAGGCUGUGCCAUGAGUGUUUUAAACCCAAUUCACAAAAAAAAUAAAUAAAUAAAUAAACAAACCCAAUUCACAGGUUCAGGAGCAGUCACAGAGGAGUGAGACUAGCCUGGCCUCUAUGGAGACACAGAGCUAGAUCCGGACUAAUUCAGUUCCAAAUCUCAUCUUUGCCCCACUAUUCCACAGGCUCUCCCAGUCCUGAGGAAGCUGGGACGGGCAAGCGCACAACUUCUUACCUGUGGGAGAAAGAGAUGGUGGUUCAACAUGAAACCCAGCCUGCUCCUAUGACCCAAGGCUGGCUGAGUACUGCCGGGGUCUGCAGUCCCCUGACUCACCCUCACCUGGUUAUCCUAGAAAUUAAUCCAACCACCUAAGUGGGUUUUCCAGAUAUGUGAAGCUCACCUCUUUACAAUUUAAAACUUUUAAAACUAAUUUUGGAAGGAAAUUGUUCUAAACAUGAUGUUCAUCUUCAGCACAUCUGAAAAAGAAUGUGCAUUUUUCUGGAGAGCUGAGGAUAAUUCUUAGAAACCAGUGGCUUCUCUAUAGCAAUGCUUUCAGAGGCUGUAACUGUAUCAGGGAAGCUGUUUGCCUUUUUGUCAAAUGCCCUCAGACCACUUUUUAAAUGUUUGUGACUGCUUUAAAAGUUUUUUGUAGUGUUGCUUCCCCUGCUACAAGGCCACCAGGGGUCACUUGCCCCUCUAAAUGUUGAGUACAGGGACAUACUGAAACUAAGGAAGGACAAGUAGGCUGUGAGUGAGGACUGGAGAGUCUCUCCAAUGAGUAAAGUGCAUAAGUAUGGUAGUUGCUCAGGAGUCCUUUCUGCCUUCCCUAGACCCCAAAUGUCACCCUGGAAUUGACCUCCAGAUAAGUGGUCACUGCACAUUAGUUCGAGAUUUCUCUUUGUCUCUUCCAUUGGAGGAGUCCACUGAAUUUACCAUACAGACUGUUCCCAUUAAUAGCAGACAGUUGGAAUAUUCAAGACAAAGAAGGCAGCACAGCAGAUGAAAAACAGUCUUUGGUAUUGGGAAAAUCGGGGUGAGAAUCCUAGUGUCCCCAUUUUCCAACUGCAUGAUGGAUCUGGGGCGAGGCUACCCACCUACCACUCUGCCUUCGGGUCAUGAGGAUGAAAGAAGAGAACGCAAGGAGGUGCUUAGCACAGCACCUGGCAAACAUGGGGUGGGAAAUUAGAAGGUAUGUUUGGGUGCUUGCAGUGUCAGGAAGAAAGAGAGCUGGAACCUGAAGGGAAAAGGACCGAGGCAGAAAAGGAGCAGUAAAGCCAUCCUGGUUUUCCACAAAGAGGCAGACAUCAUCGUGUAGCCCCAGAGGCCAAGUUGGUGCCCCAGAGAGCACAGAGAGUGGGGCUGGCACUGGGUUUGGGAACUUCUAGGGGACUUAGCUCCAUCUCCUCCUUCUGUUCUCAUAUUAACAGUAGGUUAGGGGGCUUGGCAGGGCGACAGAGAAGGGGAGGCAGUCCUCACAUGGUUUGCACCCACCUGAACCUAGUGACAAAAUGAAGCUGCCCAAACAAGGCAGCCAUCUCUCCUGCAGAGCCCCCGUCUGCCUGGGGGCCAAAUUGGGAAACAGCUACCGUGGUGAGUCUUAGCCCAGAAGGGGUGGGAUGGGGGAAGGAGAGGGUGAUGGGGAAGUUUGGUGCCAGGGUGACCCUGAAUCUCUUGGUUUCUGCCUCUAAGCCCUCCUUUUACCCACCGAGCACCCACUCUGAGCCGGACACUGGGCCAGGAGGCAGGGAGUCCAAGGACCAAAGACGCACAGUCCCGGUUCCUGGAGAAAGACCUCUCCGUCCCUGGGUCCUUGCCUCCAGCCGUCCUCGGCUCGCUUACCCACUGACCCCUCACCCCACUUCUAUGAACCCCCGUCUCUUUCGCCCCUCUGACAUCGUUUUGUUCAGGUCUUAACCAGACUCAGCAGUGUGUGUGCUCCCAGAGGGAAGCGACACAAAGGAAGGGGGGGGCACAGAAAGGAGGGAAUCCCGCUGACAUCACUGCUCAUUAGCAUGUGUGACCUCAUCAGGGGGCGGGACAAUUUCCCCAGGUGUCGGGGCGGGGGGAGGAGGGCAUGGGGGUGGCAUUUAAGGGAAAAGCUGACAAUGCUGCUGAGGGAGUGGGUACUGCAAGCCGCCGGGCUGCACACGCACACCGAUGCACGCGGACCUCGACACUGACAUGGACACGGACACAGAAACCACAGCCCUCUGCCCCUCCGGCAGCCACCAGGCCUCCUCCCCAGGGACACCCACGCCAGAAACAGAUGCCACACUGCUGAAGAAGCGAGAGAAGCUGUUGGCAGGGUUGGACCGGGGUGGGCCACCCCCUACCCCAGGGGCCCCCAGACGAAGAGGCAGUAUGCCUGUCCCCUACAAGCACCAGCUGCGGCGCGCUCAGGCCAUAGAUGAACUUGACUGGCCACCUCAAGCCUCAUCCUCUGGUUCCUCUGACUCCUUGGGCUCAGGGGAGGCAGGCCUCACCCAAAAGGAUGGCAUCUUCAAGGUCAUGCUGAUAGGGGAGAGCGGCGUGGGCAAGAGCACCCUAGCGGGCACUUUCGGUGGUUUCCAAGGAGACAGUGCUCAUGAGCCGGAGAACCCAGCAGAGGACACCUAUGAAAGACGCAUCAUGGUGGAUAAAGAGGAAGUGACUCUGGUCGUUUAUGACAUCUGGGAACAGGGGGACGCAGGGGGGUGGCUGCGGGACCACUGCCUUCAGACCGGGGAUGCCUUUCUCAUCGUCUUCUCAGUCACGGACCGACGAAGCUUCUCCAAAGUUCCAGAGACCCUCCUUCGGCUGCGAGCUGGGAGGCCCCACCACGACCUCCCUGUCAUCCUCGUCGGAAACAAGAGCGACCUGGCCCGCUCGCGGGAGGUAUCCCUGGAGGAGGGCCGCCACCUGGCAGGGACCCUGAGUUGCAAGCACAUCGAGACGUCGGCCGCGCUGCACCACAACACGCGGGAGCUCUUCGAGGGCGCGGUGCGCCAGAUCAGGCUGCGGCGGGGCCGGGGCCGGGGCCGGGGCCGCGCCGGGGGCCCGAGGCCUGAGUGGGGCUGCCCCGACGGCCCCCCGCCGCCCGCGCGCCGCGAGAGCCUCACCAAGAAGGCCAAGCGCUUCCUCGCCAACCUGGUGCCGCGCAACGCCAAGUUCUUCAAGCAGCGCUCCAGGUCGUGCCACGACCUCUCCGUGCUCUGAGCCGCGGUCGCCAUGGUCACGGCGGUCGCCAUGGUCGCCGCGCCCUCCA